CGUAUGACGUCACGGGGAGCGGCGUUGCGUGAAGGGCGUGUCUACGUCAGCGUCUGCGCAGCAAGUGGUCCACCGCCAAAUUCAAACAAAGUCAAAGAAAGAAACAACAGCAAGACACAUCUGAAGCGCACAACACGGACGGUUUCUACUACAUUCAGGAAAGCUAAUAAUGGAUGGAUUUGGUAGAGCUGUGGUUGGAGUCUGGCGACAACAUACAGUCCUGGAUGAGUCCGAUGGAGCAGAGAGCUCUCCAGAAGCCCCCACCCGCUUCCGCAAACUUCGCUCUUCCUCUUCACUCAACUCAUUGAGAAUGUCAAUGCGUAAGCGGCUGCCACUACGUUCUGUCCAGGUCAACUCCCUGCCUGAGAAUCCAACCUUGGAAACAAUGAAGGAAGAGAAAAAAACCAACACCAUGCGCAAACUUACUCGCAGUGCUCAGAACUCCAUCACUGGGGUGUGUCAGAGGUUGCAGAAGAACAGAGAGCUUGCGCGUGAUGCGUGUUUGGUAGCCUCUCCAGGCCGAGCGCGCGAUGAGGAAGAAUCCUGUACAUCAACAUUUCGUACCCCAAGACGUACUCCUUGCCGAGCUGCGACACCAAGAAACACCCCCAGAGUAGCAGCAACACCUGGACGUACGCCAGGCUCUAGAAGAAGAAAGACUCCUGAGGAUGCUGUACGAGGGGUCAGAACUGGAGGAGGCAGGAGACAGCUGGUCCGCAUGGCUGCUUUGCGAAGUCCCUUUGCCUCACCUAACACACAGAAUGAACGACUAAAGUUUGACAGAGAUCUGGAGUCAGUUUCUAGUGGACUCAAGAAGCUCAAACGUCUGUCCAAGGCUUUUGACGAUCUCAUUGGCAGAGACGACAGGAAGUCCAGCUAUUCCCAAAUUGUGGAAUAAGAAAGAAGAACCAGUACUAAGGUACAUUCUGGGGCAGCGAUGAUGAGAAAGUUGGACCCUAGUGGUAAACUCAGUCGCUCAAACCUGUCACGUCGAGCCACAAAUCUCUCAGACACGCUUGGAGGUUGGGCCCACACAGCUGUGAACAGUAUUCGCAAGCCCAACUGAGCUUCAUGCAUGUAAAACACUUUUUAUAGCUAUGUUUCACAUUUAGCAUUUUUGUGGUGUCACUGUUAAAUUUACAUGUAGUGUUGUCUUUAUAACGGGAGACUGUUACAUGACAGUUUGUCCUUCUUAUUUCUACCGGUUGUGCUCAGUGCAUCCAAGGUAUUCUUGUGUGUUUACAAGUCUUAGGUUAGCUAGUUGUGGGUAAACCUUCCAAACUAUAGCUGCCAAAGGGUUUUCUUUAUUGUGGUAUAUGUACCUGUUAUAGCUGCUACAACCAAAUGUCUUAGAUGUGUUUUCAAAAUACUAAUAUUGUAGGUUAUAGUUCCACUUUUGCAAAGAAGCUUUUGCCUAGUUUCAUAAAUGUAUUUAAAAAAUAUUGCACCAAAACUUAAUACUAAAUUUACUGACAGAGGGGCGACAGUGUUUCCUCUAUUUUCAUGUAUGCAAUACUGUUACUAACACUAACUAAAAUACACAUGCCUUUUAAAAUAUAAUAUCCAAACUAUAUAUGUGUGAAAUGUUUUUACAUGCAUCUUAGGCAGUUAUUGAAAUGAAUUUUAAAAUGUUUUUUUCCAGUGCUUUCCCUGAAGUAGAGGUCAGUACUUUAAUGGCCUGUGAAUGAUUCAUGCAACACUGUAUAAAUAAAUCAUCUAAAAAUGUGAUGGGCAAAUGAGUAAUGGCUCAUUACCUGAUGACAGUUUAGUUGAUGUUAUAUAGCCAUAUUAAGCGGGAUAUUCGUAUAGUGGCUGUAAAGCUGAUAGCCUCAAAUGAAGCAAAACCUGUGUCUUUUUUCUGUAUUGGUACUCCCUUUGUCUACAAUAAGGAAUAAAUAAUGAUGUGUGCGAAAAUAAAGCCUCAUAAUAAAACCUAUAAGCUUUAUCAACUGAA